UUGCAGGAGAGCGAGCCCGCUGCAAGGCUGCGGAGAGGCCCAGCCGAGAAUGGGAGGGCGGCGCGCCCCUCGCGGCCUGGCCCUGUGGGGACUUCUGCUGUGCGGCUCGCUGCGGGACCUGGCCAGCGCCGCCCCGGCCUGCGCGGCGCCCUCAGACGCGGGCCAGUUCUGGCACAUCUCCGAUUUACACUUGGACCCCACCUACCACAUUACAAGUAAUCGCACUCAGGUUUGUGCCUCUUCCAAAGGAGUGAAUGCCUCAAACCCUGGCCCUUUUGGAGAUUUCAUGUGUGAUUCACCAUAUCGGCUUAUUUUAUCAGCUUUUCAGCACAUCAAGGAUUCUGGUCAACAGGCAUCCUUCAUGAUAUGGACAGGAGACAGCCCUCCGCAUGUUCCUGUAAAACAACUCUCCACAAAAAUUGUCAUUGACAUUAUUGGUAACAUGACUUCUACCAUAAGAAGUUUCUUUCCAGAUCUCCAAGUUUUCCCUGCAUUGGGAAAUCAUGACUAUUGGCCACAGGAUCAGCUGCCUACAUCUGUCAGUGAAGUUUACAAUGCUGUAGCAGAUUUCUGGAAACCUUGGCUUACGGAUGAAGCAGUCAGCACCUUGAGAAGAGGUGGUUUUUAUACACAAACAAUUCAGUCCAACAUGACUACACAAUCUCUUAGGAUAAUUAGUUUAAAUACCAUCUUAUACUACCCUCCCAACACUAUGACUCUGAAUAUGACUGAUCCAGCAAACCAGUUUGCAUGGCUGGAACGUGUAUUAGAGACAGCACAUCAAAACAAGGAAAAGGUUUAUGUGAUAGGACAUGUGCCAGUAGGUUAUCUGCCUUAUUCUCGAAAUACAACUGCCAUAAGAGAACAUUACAAUGAGAGGUUGAUAGAAAUCUUUCGCCGUCAUAGCAGCGUGAUUGCUGGGCAGUUUUUUGGACACACUCACAGAGACAGCAUCAUGGUUCUUCUGGAUGAAAAGGAAAAGCCAGUAAACUCCUUGUUUGUGGCACCUGCUGUGACGCCAGUGAAGAACGUAUUGGAGGUAGACUCAAACAAUCCUGGAGUGAGAUUAUAUCAAUAUGACCCUCUUUCUUAUAAUCUACUGGAUCUUUGGCAGUUCUACUUGAACCUCACAGAAGCCAACGUGAAAAAUGAAUCAGUCUGGAAACUUGAGUAUGUUAUGACCAAAGCUUAUGGAAUCAAGGACUUAACACCAGAAAGCUUGUACGAAAUGGCAAAUCAACUUAGUGUACCUCACAGCAAAUUGUUCCAAAAAUAUUACAGCCGCUACUAUGUGAGUUAUGAUGAUCCAAACUUGUUCUGUGAAGAGCACUGUAGGAUCACCCAGCUCUGUGCAAUUCAAUAUUUAGACCUCACCACUUACACAGAUUGUAUCGAACAUAAAGGCAAAUUACAUAGGUAAAAAGUAGCACUCAUGCUAAAUAAUUGUGUCCUCUAAGGCCUGGUUCUGAUGUAGCAACUUUAACUGUUGUUUCUUCAGCUAGUGUGGUGCCUACCCACUUCUCUCUUCAUUAGUUUUCCAUUACAAAUGAACUGCUCUUGGUUUUAUAUCCUGGUUACAAAGCCAUGAUUAAAGCACAGUUUCCCAGUUGAAAUGUAGCAGGUUUCAACUAAAUUAGAGUUGAAACACUGAAGCUAACAUGCAUUGGGGGGAACGCACAGGCACAACAUUGUUUUUGGUGCAGUAAACCAUGGUUUAUAUAAGUAGAGGUCAUUACUGCUAUAUCGAGCCUAAACAAAGUUCAAAUAAUAUUUUGCCAAAUUAGAGGCCUGCAAAUUAAUCAAAUGUUGUAGAGAGAAACAGAUCCUAUGUGUGUUAGUGUUGUUGCAAGAUGUACCUCUAAGCGUCUGUAAAGAAAAUUUCCCCUGAAUUUCUUGCUGCUGCUAAGCAUCCAAAGCAGGUAUUUAAUCAACUGGAAGGGGUGGGAUGGGGGUGCUUCCCUUAUUUUUAAAGCUUAGCUAUUUCUUCAAUCGACUCCUACAGCCUAUGCACACACAAAAAAUAUAUCAUUCAGGUGACUGUAAGUGUAUAUAGCUGCAUCUUGCAAGCCUUUUAGAGAACUUUUCUUGAUUCAUUUUAAAGUAUUUUUAGAGAUACUUGUAUGGAAAUUGUACAAUUUGUAUGGUAAAAUUAUCAUAAGUUGAAUCAUGGAAAGUAUCUGUAUAUAUACAAAGUUAUGGUUUGUUUCUCUAAGUUUUAAGAACUUGUGAUUUUGCUCAAGGGCAGGCAAGAAUUCAUAUGGCCAUAAAAUAAUUAUUUUUCUGACACAACUGUGUCUAUCAUCCAUAUCCACUGGGGAAUGGGGUGAAAGUAAAACAAUGAGAGGAGGGAGCAGUCUAGUUUCUUACCAAAAAUAAAAAAUGAAAAUAAGAAGGACACAGGCUGUACAAUUUGCUUCAUAUCUCAGGUUCUACAAAUGCUGGAGUUGAACUUAGUUUCAUACAUGUUGUGAUUUUUCACAUUUGCUUCCAAAUGAAGAUUUUGGGUUAUAUAUUUGCUUUUCUUGCUGAUUUAUAUGAAUGGCUUUGUCUAGCUGUAAUUGUACAAUAUAGGCUUGGAUCCUAAGUUGCUUCUCAAAUCAUGUAAAGGGCAGAUUUUUGACCAUUUCCUCUUUGUCUGUAGCCCUUCCAAGAAUCCUACAACCCCCAGGAGCAAAAGUUCAGGGGCUGCAGGUGGAUGGGGUGAGGCCUGAAAUCCCUGUUUGUGAAUGUGAACUCUGUCCUACUUAUGGAAAGAAAGUUAGGAUCCAGGUCAUGGUGUUUAAGAAAGCUUUGGUUUUUGAAUCUUUUAGGUGUGGGUUCCCCUUCACCCUGGAAUAAAUAAUAUGGCUUGAUCCUAAGCAUAAUUUACUUCUAUUGCACACAAGCUUGCAGAAAUUAAUUGGCGGUGUACUAGCUCAGGGACUUUCACAAUCUUAUUUUUUAUUGUGUUAAAAUAAAACUUGCUCAUUCCAAGUAGAUCUGCUAAAAAUGUGUAUGUGUAAAUGCUUGGGUGUUUAUACAAGAAGAUCUAUAAGAAAAGCUCCAGUGGGGAAGAUGGGGACAAGUUACAUAUUUUUGUUAGCUGAUCAGCAAUUUCACUUUUGAAUUAUUUGGGAACUUUCUGGUAGAUGCCAUCUGUCAGUUUUUGUUUUGUCAAUAAGGUCUAGUACUUAUCACCACUAUUUGUCUCAGUUCCUCAGGCUCCCUGUGAAAAGUUGGUUAAAGCACAUGGUCUACCUUAUAUCUUCCCCAGUGAAGACAGGUGGAAAACAUUUAUUCAGUUUGUUUGCAAUCUCUGUUAGCACAUCUUUGACUCUUUUGUCAUCCAAAAGCCCAACUGCCUCUCUAGUCCUGUUCCUGCUACUAAUGUAUUUAAAUAUAUUUUGGAUCUUGGUCUUCAUGUUUUUAGCAAUGUGUUCUUCAAAUUCUUUUGUUUAGCAUCUCUUUUUGCCUACUUGCAUUUCUUUUGUCAAAGCUCCUUUCCCCUCCUUAUUUAGACUAAGAAUUCCAUUUAGCCUCUGGUCUUUGACUAUGCUGGCAUCCUCUUGGCCUUGUUGGUACCUGCCUUGCUCUGCGGUAUAUAUUCCAGCUGAGCUUCUAAUAUUGUGGCAUUAAACAACUCCUAAGCCAUC